AUGGAUUUAAUGCGAUAUAGAAAAAUUUUUGUAUAUUUAUUAACUUUCCUCGCGUACGCUUGGUCAGGAUACGGAGCUGGACUUCUAGGAAAUUUACGUGACGCCGUUUUGAGCGCAGAGACAAUCUUUGGUGAUUUUUUUCAAAGUGCAAUUACUGUUGCUCGUAAAAUAAAAGAUAUCCAUGAAGUUUUUGAUGCUGCUGUUGAAGAAAAUUGUAUUUUCUCUUGUCCUAAUGGUGUGACAGCAAAACCUGACAGAAGUCAUGUUCCCCAAAGCAAUGGCUGCGGGUCAUUAGGAAUCGAGAUAAAUCAAGAAUAUUUGCCGCUGUCAGAAAUGACAAAAUGCUGCGAUGAACACGAUAUCUGCUACGAUACUUGCAAUUCUGAUAAAGAAAAGUGCGAUCUUGAGUUCAAAAGAUGUCUAUAUAAAUAUUGUGACAGUUAUCAAAGCACUGGAGUGACGAUCGUCAAUACGUGCAAAGCAGCUGCCAAGAUGUUGUACACCGGGACCACGGCAUUGGGAUGCAAGAGUUUCAUUGAUGCUCAAUCUCAGGCUUGCUGGUGUGGUGAUAAAAAUAAGAGUAAAAAGAAGAAGGGAAAGUGGGCUGGUUUUGAUGAGCUUUGAAUAAAAUUAUUUGUUUAUUCAUUUUUUAAUUGAGUUAUUGAUUGGAGUUCAUAGAAAGUUUGAUAAGGAUUUAGUUUCCGUCCCCGUAAUGUAUUUUUAAUGACAAUUAAAUUGCCCUGUCAAAAAAAUCCAGGAUUAUAUAGAAAUUUAUGGAUUUACAUGAAGAUCCAUAGGAAAGUAUGGAUUCAUAUAGAAAAUCCAUAUAGGAAACUAUGGAUACCUGAAUUUUCAUACAGGAAAUUUAUGUGGGAAAUUCUGGAUGCCUGUAUUCCCAUCCAUAGAUUCCAUACAAGAAACUAUGGAUGCCUGAAUUCCCAUGUAGAAAAUCUUUAUGGGAAUUUAUGAAUACCAGAAUUUCCCUGUAGGAAAUUCAUAUGGGAAACUAUGGAUUGCAUAUAAGAAAAUGUGGAUACCAGGAUUCCUGUAUAGGAAAUAUAUAUGGGAAACUACAGACUCCUGGAUUCCUGUAUAGAAAAUCCAUAUGGGAAACUAUGGGUACCUGAAUUCCCAAAUAGGAAAUUCAUAUGGGAAACUUUGGAUACCUGUAUUUCCAUCCAUGGAUUUCACAUAGAGAACUGUGGGUGCCUGGAUUCCUAUAUAAAAAUCUUUAUGGGAAUUUAUGAAUACCUGAAUUUCCCUAUAGGAAAUUCAUAUGGGAAACUCUGGAUUGCAUAUAAGAAAAUGUGGAUACCAGGAUUCCUGUAUAGGAAAUAUAUAUGGGAAACUACAGACACCUGGAUUCCUGUAUAGAAAAUCCAUAUGGGAAACUAUGGGUACCUGAAUUCCCAAAUAGGAAAUUCAUAUGGGAAAUUAUGGGUACCUGAAUUCUCCUCCAUGGAUUUCAUAAAGAGAACUGUGGGUGCCUGGAUUCCUAUAUAAAAAUCUUUAUGGGAAUUUAUGAAUACCUGAAUUCCCCCAUAGAAAAUCCAUAUGGGAAACUAUGGAUUUCAUAUAAGAAACUGUGAAUAUCUGGAUUCUCGUAUGGGAAAUAUGUAUGGGAAUUUAUAGAUACGUAAAUUCCCAUAUAGGAAAUUGAUAUGGGAAACUCUGGAUACCUGGAUUCCCCAUAGAAAACUGUGGGUACCUGGAUUUCUAUAUAGGAAAUCUAUAUGGAAAACUACAGACACCUGGAUUUUCAUAUAGGAAAUUCAUAUGGGAAACUAUGGAUACCUGAAUUUCCAUGGAAAUCCACCUAAGAAUAAAUAUCUGAAAAUGUCAUAUGGGGAUUUAAGCUGGAUUUUUUUUACAGGGUAACUAUAAUAUAAAUUAGAGUAUCAGCAGCGACUUUGUUUUUUUUUUUUUUUAAUUAGAAACAAAUGAAUUUUUUUUUUAAACAAACGAGGCGAUAAAAAUGUUGUGAGUGACAGAUUUAUUUAUUAUUUUUUUUUU